AUGGUCCGUCAGCUCGAAAACCUGUGGAAGUAUGGAACCUUCCAAAUGUGCGUCGAGCAGAUGAAGGAGCUCGGACAGCUGUUUUUGGCAGACAGCAAGGAGGUGAUUUAUGUCAUCCUGUUGGACGGCGGGCCGGACUGGGUCGAGAAGUGGACGAAGCACGAAGCCGAAGGCGCAGAGGCCAGGCACGUCUUCAAGUACCUGAAGGAACAGGGGAUCAACAUCCUAUUCGGGCGGUGGGGGUGGAGCACUUUGUCCCUUGUCUCAGUCGGGAUAUAUAGGGGGCUGUAUGAGGAUGAGCAGAAGGAGCUUGAGCAGGCGCGGGAGGAGAACGAGCGCCUGAAGAUGGAGCUGUCAAAUGGCGGGGUCGGGGAGGAGAUGGUCACGGGAUGAAUGAAGUCUCCUUCUGAUCGAUGAUGGCUGAUGUGCUCCGAGGCGGGCUGGUGAAACAUGUGGUGGAUUCUUGGCUAAUGGGCACGCGAUUGUGUGCCUCACGUUGUAGGAGCAUCAGUACGUAUACAUCCGUGUGCUAUGUGAGUCAGAUUGCAAUGCAUCUUGUGCUUCGUGUCAUUGAACGGUUGUGGUGGUCUAUGAAUGCAGCAUUCCGUCGGCUACUGAGAGAACUGCCAAGUGUACAUCCAUCACGACCCUAUCAGGGCACUAUAAACUGCGCACAC